ACCAAUGGUGAUAAAAUAAGAGAAGACCAAAUCACGACUCUUUCGCAAUACGCCCAAAAUCCAAAAAUGACUUCACGCGUCGAUAUCUCACGCGCCACCGCCGCAUUCGCCUUCGUCUCUCUCAUCCUCUCCGCCGUAUUCCGCUGCUCCGCCGCCGAUGGAAAUUGCAGCAGGAAAUGCAUUGCAGAGCAAUGUGACACGAUGGGAAUCAAAUACGGAAAGUAUUGCGGGGUAGGUUAUUCGGGUUGUGCCGGCGAGAAACCGUGUGAUGAUGUUGAUGCGUGUUGCAUGACUCAUGAUGAUUGUGUUGGUGAAUUCGGAAUGACUGAUGUAAAAUGCCAUAACAAGUUUAAGAAGUGCUUAACCAAGGUACAGAAAUCUAGGAAAGUUGGAUUUUCGAAAAAGUGUCCGGUUAGCACGGUAGUGCCUACCAUGAUAAGGGGCAUGGACUUAGCCAUCAUGCUGAGCCAAUUUAGUAACAAUGCUGAACUGUAAAAACAUUCUAACCCCAUUGAUAUAAUAGGCGAUAUCUCAUUUAGAAACCUCUUUUGAUUCGGGAAUGCGUUUCUCAAUCAUCUUACCGAGCUUGGUAAUUAAGCCAAUCUUUUUGUUCUACUUACCAUGUUGUGAUUUAAUUUGUGAUGUCCCAAAAGAAUCCAAUUGUGUUUUUGUGCAA